GGCGAAACUUUCUUUUGGGAGUUUAGCAGCGCAUUUAGAGGCUGAUCACGAAUGAAAUGUGCUAUGCGAGUCAUAAACUUACACAAAAUCCAACAGUAAAACUUCUUCAAUUGCUAAACGAGUCCGGUGACCACAAGGAGCUAAAAUUAACUCAACUAAGGGGCAUAACAACAUAACGAUAUUUUUGUUGGGAAAGAAGGCUCGAGGCACUGAAUAUAAUUAUUUCUGGAGUGCUUUAUUCUCCAACCCAUAAAACCAACCCGAGACAGACGAGAACUCGCAGUUAUGCUUCGCUGGUACCGCAUGAAGCUGGCGACUCGCCCAAUGCUUACGCAGAGCGUGACCACGGCGAUACUAUUCGCGACGGGGGAUAUUAUGGCGCAGCAAGCCGUGGAGCGCAAAGGGAUUGAGAAGCAUGAAUUCGUUCGUACCGGCCGCAUGGCAUUAUAUGGCGGAGCGAUUUUUGGACCUGCAGCAACAACAUGGUUCAGGUUUCUACAGACCAGAGUCGUACUACCAAACAAGAAAUUGGAGAUUUGUGCACGUGUUGGAGUUGACCAGCUUCUGUUUGCGCCAACGAACCUAUUCGUGUUUCUGAGCACCAUGUCCAUCCUGGAGGGUGUAAGCCCCCGCGAGAAGUUGGCCAAGACAUACACCGGAGCUCUACAGAGCAACUGGAUGGUCUGGCCGUUUGUGCAGGUUGUCAACUUCUCAGUUGUUCCCCUCGAUUACCGGGUGCUUUUUGUCAAUGGCCUCUCGAUUUUCUGGAACUGUUAUCUCAGCUACAUCAGCAAAUGAGCGAGCAAAUAGGUGGAUGAAUUUUAGCGAAAACCGAGGAUAUCGAGAUGUAGCAAUGUGAACUGGGACCUCUAUUUGGCGAUAUAGAUAGACUUCAAAUCCGUGUACUUAUAUUCACACGGUAUCUGCAGAUGGACUAGACUAGAGGGCAGCUUAGAUUCACCCGAAUAAUUCAUUUAAGGGUCACAAAAGAUAACGUGAGCCCAUGAGUACGUCAUAUAACCAUAACGGGUACUUCAUCUUCACAAAUCUUCACAAAUAG